CUCUGAGCUGCCAGAGACUGAGUUGAAACAGAACAGCAGAAAGCCUCUAGUCUAGCGAAUGAUGGAGCCAGGAGUGACAGCUGCCCAGCAAAUAAGGCAAGUGCUGAUCUUUCUUGCUUUUCUGGGAGGGCCUUCGGUUCUUUCUGAGACCUGGAACUAUUCUGUGGCAGAAGAAAUGGAGACUGGCUCCUCUAUAGCCAAUAUAAUUAAAGAUAUGGGUGUGGGUGACCUGACUGCACGGGGUGCCAGAGUUAUAUUUGAUGACUAUCAGCCUUAUUUGCGGUUAGAACUUGAGACUGGCAACUUGCUCUUGAACAAAAAACUGGACAGGGAGGAACUUUGUGGCACAAGGGAACCCUGUAUAUUGCAUUUCCAGGUGUUACUGGAAAAUCCUCUGCAAUUUUUUCAGGCUGAGCUUUUGGUUGAAGACAUAAAUGACCAUCCUCCCACAUUCCUAGAGAAACUCAUAUUUCUAAAUAUCUCAGAAGGUGCUACUCCAGGGACCUCAUUCCAAAUGGAUAAUGCUCAGGACUUAGAUGUAGGAAUUAAUGGGGUCCAAAACUAUACAAUAAGCCCCAACCCCUAUUUCUACCUUAAGUUAAAAGAUGGUGGUAAAGGAAGGAAAUACCCAGAGUUGGUACUGGAUGGACCUCUGGACAGAGAAAGGGAGCCUUCAGUUAGCUUGAUACUAACAGCCACAGAUGGUGGGUCCCUGCCCAGGUCAGCAACUGCACUGAUUCAAGUUGUGGUUGUAGAUGUCAAUGACAAUGCUCCUAAGUUUGAAAGAACGCUGUAUGAGGUUCAAGUUCCAGAGAACAGCCCUGUGGACUCGCUGGUGAUCAAGGUGUCUGCUACAGAUUUGGACACAGGGAUGAAUGGAGAAAUAUCAUACUCAUUUUCUCAUGUCUCUAGAGAUGUACGGAAAACAUUCAAAAUCCAUCCAACUUCUGGUGAAGUCCAUUUGAAAGCACCCCUAGAUUUUGAGGUAAUUCAGUCUUAUACAAUAAAUGUUCAAGACAAAGAUGGAGGGAGUCUCUCUGGAAAAUCAGCCAUUAUUGUUCAAGUUACAGAUGUGAAUGACAACCCACCAGAAAUAGUCUUUACCUCUGUUAUUAGUCCUAUCCCAGAAAACGGCUUGUCGGAAAUGGUGGUUGCUGUUUUCAGUGUACGAGACCAAGACUCAGGAGACAACAGCAGAAUGAUGUGCUCAAUUCCAGACAACCUUCCUUUUCUCUUGAAACCCACUUUCAAAAAUUUCUACACUCUAGUAACAGAGAGUUCACUGGACAGAGAGAGCAGAGCUGAGUACAACAUCACCAUCACAGUCACCGACCUGGGCACACCCAGGCUCACAACCCAGCACACCAUAACAGUGCAGGUCUCAGACGUCAACGACAACGCCCCCGCCUUCACACAAACCUCCUACACCCUGUUUGUCCAGGAGAACAACAGCCCCGCCCUGCACAUAGGCACCAUCAGCGCCACAGACUCAGACUCAGGCUCCAAUGCCCACAUCACCUACUCGCUGCUGCCCACCCACGACCCGCAGCUGGCCCUCUCCUCGCUCAUCUCCAUCAAUGCAGACAAUGGGCAGCUGUUCGCGCUCAGGGCGCUGGACUAUGAGGCCCUGCAGACCUUCGAGUUCCGCGUGGGCGCCACAGAUCAAGGCUUGCCCGCGCUCAGCAGCCAGGCUCUGGUGCGCGUGCUCGUGCUGGAUGCCAAUGACAAUGAUCCCUUCGUGCUCUACCCGACGCAGAACGCGUCUGCUCCCUGUACAGAGCUGCUGCCCAGGGCGGCAGAGCCAGGCUACCUGGUCACCAAGGUGGUGGCAGUGGACCGCGACUCUGGCCAGAAUGCCUGGCUGUCCUUCCAGCUGCUCAAGGCCACGGAGCCUGGGCUGUUCACCGUGUGGGCUCACAAUGGCGAGGUGCGCACCUCCAGGCUGCUGAGUGAGCGCGAUGCUCCCAAGCACAGGCUGCUGCUGCUGGUCAAGGACAAUGGCGACCCUCCUAGGUCUGCCAGUGUCACUCUGCAUGUGCUGGUGGUGGAUGGCUUCUCUCAGCCCUACCUGCCUCUGCCCGAGGUGGGACAGGAACCUGCACAAGACGAGGAUGCACUUACGCUGUACCUGGUCAUCGCCUUGGCAUCUGUGUCUUCGCUUUUCUUUUUGUCUGUGCUGCUGUUUGUGGGGGUGAGGCUGUGCAGGAGGGCUAGGGCGGCCUCUUUGGGUGGCUGCUCUGUGCCUGAGGCACACUUUCCUGGCCACCUGAUGGACUUCAGUGGCAGGGAAACCUUGUCCCAGAGCUACCAGUAUGAGGUGUGUCUGACUGGAGUAUCAGAUACCAAAGAUUUUCAGUUCCUAAAGCCUGUGUCUCCCGACCAUCAGGUUGUGACUUGCGUGGAGGAGAAUUCCACCUCUAUGAAUGGUUUUGGAUACAAUUAA